UUGUGUCUGCGAAAUUUCAUAUUCAAAUAUCAAUACGGUUAUUCAGCUAUUUGAUGAAUGGUUUUGUAUGUUGAUUUCUGGACAUUUGGAUUUUAGAUUUACAUGUUUAGUUCUCAAUUUUUGAUUUCAAUAUCGUAUUUUUUCGUAUGUGAGAAUGUUGGAAUUCAAAUAACCUCUCUUUGUUUCGAAUUUGGGUAUAGCAAUUUGAAUUGUGUUGAAAUUGGGACAGUUUUCUUCUGCGUUUCAGUUCUUUUUGUUUCGAGAUAAUUAUACGGUGAUGAUUGUUAUACGUUGUCUCCUCUGAGAAAAUGAUUCUUUAGUAAUUGGUGCAUAUGCUAUUCUUUUUCCUCGUGUUCUUAAUCUUCUUAGAACAAACUGUGUAUCUAUGAUGAGUUUACGUAAUCUAUUAUUGGAUCUGCAAGAUUCGAUGAAUUUACAUGGCGGAGAUGCAAUGUGGGGCUUAAUCUUCGUUGUCUAUUAGUUCGUUAUCGAAACAAUUCCCCUUUGGUAAUAACAUGUUGGGUGGUCGUCUAUUCCUUUUGGUACUUCGUGAAGGAUGUGUGUUUGUGCAUUUGUUUGUACUUCCGUAUUAGACGAAAACUAAAUCAUCGAUGGAAUAUAUUUGCUAAGAGUCUUGGAAUCCUGCCAUAGGAACGCUUUUUACGGUUAUCCUUCUUCAUUGAGCGUUUUGCAAGGAGCUGAAACUCUGAAGAGAUGGCUGAGGAGGGUCACAAGGUUACUUUGAACGUAUAUGACCUAAGCCAAGGGUUAGCUCGUCAACUCUCAACAACAUUUUUAGGGAAGGCUAUUGAAGCGAUAUGGCACACUGGAGUCGUAGUCUAUGGUAACGAGUACUAUUUUGGGGGAGGCAUACAGCAUUCGCCUGCAGGAGCAACACCAUAUGGAACACCUAUUCGAGUGAUAGAUUUGGGCGUUACACAUGUCCCCAAGGAUGUAUUUGAGAUGUAUUUGCAGGAUAUCAGUCCCCGAUACACGGCAGAAACUUACAGGCUGCUUAGUCACAAUUGCAACAACUUCAGCAAUGAGGUUGCCCAGUUUUUGGUUGGUACCACAAUCCCAGACUACAUUCUGCAGCUGCCUAAUGAAGUUAUGAGUAGUCCUAUGGGUGCACUUAUAUUGCCCAUGAUACAGAAUAUUGAAGCAACUAUGAAGGCGGGUGCUGUUCCUCAAGUUCCUCAAUUCAGGCCAGCUGCAGAGCCCUUUAGUUCCUUUGGCAGAGAAGCAGGUCCAAGAAGUAAGGACGAGAUUGAUGAUAAGUCAACCAAGGUCGAGUGGCCAAAGAGAUCAGUUGAAGCAGUACCGCCAGCUGUCCAGCCUGCAGGGACUAAAGAGAAAAGUAGUGGUGGGGUUGCAGGAGACCCUCUAGGGGAUGCUAGGAGCAAGGUUCAGGAGGAGAUUACUCGUGAAUUUGCUGCUAUCAUGGCAACUGGAACAUUGCGUGCAAGUGAGGCUGCUGCAUUGGCAACCAGGAAAGUCAUGCAGAAGUACGGGAAUAUGAAUAUUGUCAUGCCACAAAGCUGAUAGGAAUUUGCUUUUACAAUUGGGUUCAGGACCCCUCAGUAGAUACGAUGGAAUUCUUUUAUCAGACUUGAAGUUCGGUAGGGGUUUUGCUUUGAUACCAGGGUUUUCUAGUUAGCAAAAAAUUACUGGUUCUUUCUCAUUAGGUUGGAGGCUGCGGGCUCAAUAUAGAACUAAUCUAGAAUUGCUCUGGGUAUAUAGAACUAUCUAGAAUUGCUCCGGGUACUUAAAAAAACGAAUUUAACUUUACCACUAUUAUUCAUUUCAUCUGUGUAUGAACCUGAGAAAAGGGGUCUUAAAUGCUUGAAUGACCUGAAUGGGAACUAUUGGAAGAUGUGCUUGAAUUAUGUUUCAGCUUCUGUUGUGUAGUUUUGGAGGAAUGAUUGAUAGAUAAUUCACAGUGCAAUUUAUUUAUUUUCA